AUGGUCUUCGCCGUCCUUUUGGCUGUCCUGGCCUUGGCCACUCGCGGAUGGGGAGCCGAGCAAUUAACAAGCCCUUCAGCGGUGCAGGCUUUCGUGCAGACGCUGGAAAACACAUUUACCAUCGAUAAGACGAGCCGGCCGUAUAGGGAAUCGAUCACGCACCGGGAAGCGUCCGACUGGAACUAUUUUUUCACGUGUCCCAACACACAGUGGGGUGACCGCCUCGUCCUCAAAUCCAUCUCCAAGACCAAGAUUGUGUACAAUGAGCACGUCGAUAGCCGGAUAUUACUCAACGACGGCAAUCAGCAGUCGACGAUCAAAGCGGUAGACUCGGUCGCCAUUCAGGUUGCGAGCUCAAAAGGCUGGAAAAUCGGAGGAUCGUUCGAGUUAGGCGCGGGAGGGUCGUCCGGAAACUUGGCCGGCAAGCUGGCCGUCUCUGCCGAGUAUUCAGACGUCGAAACCGAAUCGCGCACCGUCACGUCCAGCUUGGAGGUGGACAUUCUCUGCGACCCCGGAAACGCCUGCUCUCUUCGAACCUUGACAUUCUUCGCCGAGGUCGAGGGCCUGUGCUCGACCGAGCCCUUCAUCAAGUGCGAUACCGCCCAGAUCUUCUGCGACGAUAAUUACUGGAAGGAGAACUCCGUCGAUCAGUGGAGCGAUUCCUGGAGAACGCAUUGCAGACCCAGCCAGCGGCGCCUCAAACCCUGCAGCGUCACAUUUCCCAUUUUCGACACGGACAGGAAGCCGCUGACGCGACUGCGAGUUGUCACCGAAGGUCCCGCUUGA